AGACGUUCUGAUGGUUACACACGCUGCGUAGUUGGCAUGUCGAUAAUAUAAUCUCAGUAAAUGCGAUACUUCGAACACCCUUGUUGGGUAGCUUUGCUCCGGCAGUACCGUACCUAGGUGUAUGGUUAGGCUGGUUUCUGGCUAGCUUUCCUACCUAAUCUAUUUCCUUUCAACUACCCUCUUUCCCUUGCCCAAACAACUUCUGUCUUGAGAUACAGAACAACAAAAUCUAACUUAAAUCGACUAUUACACGGAUUCUUCCACUUACAUCAUUUACGACUGACACUAUGAGACAUAUAAGGAAGGGUUUCUCUAGGAUCAAGGGCAAGUGGAAGUCACAAAGGGGCGAUUCCCUGACAGCUAGUAGAGUAUCUUCACCACAACCACUUGAGAACUUCGUUGGAGCUACUCGAAGCCUGGAUAUAGACAUCCGCCCUAAUGCUAACGCAAACGACUCUGAGCCGUCUGAUUUGGCUGUUCUCGUUCCUGCCGCAACUACAACCUCGCCAGCCGCUACGAAAGAGAUCUCAGCGCCUACUUCAGUCCCAACCGUCGAUGCAGUAUCGAUCAAAACUGAGAACGAUGUCUGGACUGCCGCAUACAAUAAGUUCGCUGCUCGAGAAGAGGGCCUCGCUAAGGACUACAGAACACACUUGACCACCAUCACCGGUACUCUGUGCUGGGGUUCCGACUGGGCAAGGUCAACUGUCGAGCAACUGCAGAAAGACAGAGAGAAUAGACAGUGGCAUUUCACUUUUCUCGGCAAAGACAUAAAUAUUCGGACACAAGCUGAGAAGUUGUUGAAGGUCCUUGUAUGGAGCAAUGGUAUCGUUAAGGAUGCCCUGAGUGCGCAACCAUACGCGGCAUUAGCUUGGUCCGGUGUCUCGAUUCUUCUUCCAGUAUGUAAAGUCCACCGGGAUUUCACGCAGAUUCUAAUUGGGAUACAGCUUCUAGGGAGCGCUACUACUCAGAACGAGGCCAUGUUUAAAGGCUUUGAUGCAAUUACCCGCAUCCUGAUCUACUGGCAGUCUUAUCAAGACACAUUCCCUUAUCAGAGCUGCUCCCACAGUAGUGUUAUACUACGGAAGAGUCUAAUUGAUUUGUACUCCUACAUUUUCGAAUAUCAAGCCCUGAUCAUAUGCCAUCUAUCAAGCGCACAGUUAUCUCGUGCAUGGAAGGCACUCGCUGGUGGUGAUGAAUGGGAAAAGAAGUCCUCCGAUGUGGAGGAGCGGAGCAACCAUUGUAAAGGCUUGAUGGACAUUACUCAGCGUGAAGACACUCAGUGCAAGAGCGAUCACUAUCUGGAGCAGGUGGAUAGGUCAUUUGAAGUACUUCAGCAGAUCAUUGCGAGUUUGAAUGAGCAGAGAGAGGAAAGACGAAAUGACCGCCAACGCGAACUACUUGCCGACCUAGCAAUAAAUCACGAGGAAUUCAAGGACAGGAAUCCUAAGAAGGUCGAAAACACAUGCAAGUGGUUCUUAGAAGACUCGAGCUUCCGGUCGUUCCGUGAAAGUCACGAGUCAAGCUUCCUCUGGGUGUCAGCUGGGCCUGGAUGCGGAAAAUCGGUGCUUACGAAAUCUCUGAUCGAUGAGCGGCAGUUUUCUACUACUCCUGCGACCUCUGUUGUCUGUUACUUUUUCUUCAAGGAUGAUGACGAGGGACGUAACCGCAGCGCCAAUGCUCUGUCUGCCAUCGUCCAUCAGCUUUGCAUACAAGAUCUGACUGGCAAAUUCACAAAUCACGCCCUAUCUCAACAUAACCAGUGCGGCAAGAAACUAGCUACAAAUUUCCCUAAACUUUGGGAUACCCUCCUUCAUUGCGCCAAUACCCCGAACGCGGGAGAGAUCAUCUGUGUUCUUGACGCCCUAGAUGAAUGCAGACAAGACGAUAGGAACGAAUUGAUCAACAGGCUGAAGGAUUUGUUUUUUCAGGCGCGGUCGUCGUCGAGCUUCACUCAAAGACUGAAAUUUUUCGUCACGAGUCGACCUUACGAUACGAUCGAGAGAUUGAUCGAGAGCUUUCUGAACUCUUCGAGUUUGAGGAUUGAUGGAGAAGAGCACUCAGUUGCCAUCAACCAAGACAUAGACCGUGUCAUUGACGCCAAGCUCCCUGAACUGAUCACCCAUUUUUCACCACGUGACCAGCGCCUUGUUUCUGAGCGCCUCAAAAGCAUGAACAAUCGUACCUAUCUCUGGCUACGCCUGACCUUCUACAUAAUAGAGAAUAACCCUAGUGAUUAUUACGAAUCCUCUGAUGUGACGACUCUACUGGACCAGCUUCCCAACGAACACUCUAAGGCGUAUGAGAAAAUCCUCGAGCAAAAACAUACAAAGCAUACUCGGCAUAUUUUCCAGCUAAUGCUCGCUGCGAAGGAAUCUCUGAGCGAAAGAGAAGCAUUGUGUGCAUUCGAAAUGAUAACGGAGAACCCACCUGUUUCACACUCAGAGCUCGAGGAGGGCAUACAUAACAUUGACCCUUUUAAGAAAAUGGUGAAGAAUUCAUGUGGGCUGCUCGUUGAUUUCCACGAUUCGAAACUGUCCUUCAUUCACCAAACCGUGAGAGAGUUCCUGACUGGGAAUUCGGAAGAGGGUGGUGAAUCGAAAUGGGCAGGGACGUUUAAGCUGCCUGAAUGUCAUAGUGCAAUGGCGCUUUCUUGCAUUCAAUACCGAUCCCUUCUGGAGCUAAAUUCACCCACUGAAGGUCACGAACAGAACGACAAUACGCAGUACUCUUGGCCCUUCUUGGAGUAUGCACGCGUAUUCUGGUACACCCAUUAUUUAGAGGGAUUUCAUGGUCAAUACCUGCUUACAAAAGCUCGCGAUUUAUACCGCAUGCGUAAUAGUAUCGGAUGGCUUAAGAUGUGGUUUUGCGGAGAAUGUGAGCUGGAAUACGAUCUGGCCGAACGAACCUCAAGAGACUUAUUCAUGGCGGUUGCACUCAGAUUGAAGUCCGUAGUCCAUGCCUUGCUCGAUGAAAAGGCCGCCAAUGAUCGUGCAGAUCAUAAAUACUAUCAGCCAGCACUGAACUUUGCAUGCCAAUGUGGCCUUUCAGAUAUGCUUGAAGUUCUUCUUGAUAAACCCACCUGUGACGUGAAUUUAUCGGUUGGUCAUAACAGUUGGAGGCCGAUAACUUGUGCCUUAAGUUGGGGAGAUUUGCAGAUACUGAGACUGCUUCUCGACAGGAGGGGGGAGGAAAUUAAGGUCACCGAGAAUGACGUGGUGUGUGCAAUAGAACACCGGGAGCGCGGCCAAGAGUGUAUGGCUCUACUUUGUGAGAGGGUGGGGAAGAAAUUGCAAGUCACAGAGGAUAUCAUGAGAAAGAUACGACUUAAGAGGGAUGAUUACCAGGAGUUUAUGGUGAUGCUCUUGUCGGGAAGCAAGGAGCAAGACCAUUUCGCAGAGGAUGCCAUACAGGCAAUCACGGAUCGUCGAGAGGAUCUUUGCAGAGGGACGCCUGGGGCGGCAGAGAUGAUAAACCUACUGAUUGACAAGCGGGGAGAACUUUCCCAGUUCACGGAGGAUUCCGUAAUGGAAGUGGUCAGGAAUACUGACUGGAAGGUGUUUCUAGAUGUGCUAAUUAAGUUAGAAAGAAUUCAAUGUUCUCAGUCGUAGGUGGAGUUAAGGAGUGGGUAAACUAGGGUCCGAAGAUACCGCUCAAUCGUUUAUGAGAUAGAAC